AUGGGCGACGUGGGGGCGGCGUGCCUCGCCGCCGCGCUGAAGAAGAACACCGCCCUGAGGACGACGCUGCUGAUGCGCAGCGGCGAUGUGACGGCCCGGGGCGCCGUCGACCUCGCCGGGGCCUUGGCGGAGAACUCGAGCCUCGAGGCCCUGGAUAUCAGCACGAACGAGAUCGGGGACGAGGGCGCCGAGGCGUUCGCGUCGGCGUUGGGCGGCAACCGGACGGUGGUGCGACUGGACAUGUUCGGGUGCGAGGCGGGCCCCAGGAGCGAGGCGGCGGUGCGGGCGGCGCUCCAGAGGAACAGAGAGGCCGCCGAAGGCGCCGCGCCCGUUGUCGCCGACGCGUGA